AUGCCGACACCGGCACAACUCGCUGAUAUAGGGCGUGAACUCCAGUUUUAUCCAAGCCUCACUGAGCGUCCGACGGUGCUAACCACGGAGCAGGUGACUAAUUUCAAUCGCGUCGGUUAUAUCAAAGGGAUUCCAAUCUUUGAUGAAACAGAGAUUGGCGAACACCGCCAGUACUUCGAUGCCCUAUUAGCGAAUGUCAUCGCUGCAGGUGGCAGUAGUUACUCAAUUAUCUCCGCGCACAUGAAAUACGGCAAGGUUUAUGACCUUCUCACGCAUCCAAAAAUUGUAGCCUGUGUAAAAGAUAUAAUCGGCGAGGACGUUAUCGGUUGGGGCGCGCACUACUUCUGCAAGAUGCCGCACGAUCCGAAAAACGUCGGAUGGCAUCAAGAUGCCGGUUACUGGCCCCUCACACCCUCCAAAACCGUUACCGUCUGGCUCGCGAUUGACGAUGCCACCGUUGAAAACGGCGCGAUGCGGUUUAUUGCAGGAUCGCAUCACUUAGGACACUUGACACCUCGGCACAGCGAACCCGACGAAAAUAGCGUAUUGGGUCAAGUCGUUGAAAACGCCGAACAACUCGGAGAAUCCGUGGAUGUUGAACUCAAAGCAGGCGAAAUCUCUAUCCACACCGACCUACUUUUACACGGGUCAAACGCCAAUCCUUCACCGAAGCGGCGGUGCGGUCUCACAUUACGCUACUGCACCUCUGAUGUUCAAGCAUCCUUCCGCUGGGAUCAAGAAGGGGUCGUCGUGAGUGGAAAAGAUAAGAGUGGUCACUGGGGCAAUCCGCCACGUCCUGCUGUCGAUUAA